AAAAAGUUGUAAAAGAUGGCAGAGGCCGCCUUUUCGGAGGACGGAAAAUAUUAUUCGGCGAUAAGCCAAGACGGUAGAUUGAGAAUAUGGGACACAGAAACUAAUGUCCUCAAACAGGAGUACACGCCGGACCUCCAUUUAUCGUCCCCGCCGUCCUGUUUACAAUGGCUCACGGUCUCGUCAACCGCAAGCCCUCCGAAAGGUUCGAGAAGAAAGUCGGUUUCGGAAGGGGAAACGCAAUGUAUAGCUCUAGGAACGUCAAGUGGAAAGAUUCUUCUAUAUUCUAUAAGCCAGGCUAAAGUUGAAACAGUGUUAAAAGAUGAUAAGAAAAAUCAUAAAAUUCAAUCCCUAGAUUGGCAUAGAAAAUAUGGUUUAUUCAGUUGUUCAAAUGAAAAUUAUAUUCAAGAAUGGGACAUACAAAGUUCAAGUGUUAGGAAUAAGUACAAUAUUAAUAUUACGACUAAUAAUAAGCAAGGAAACAAAGUCAGCGCCAUAAGGAUUGUACCACACAAUCAGAAUACCCCUGCCAAGUACAUAAUAGCAGCAUCGUGGCAAGUAAGGCUCUGGAGAUUGCACGAUAAUGACGCAACUGUGGUAAAGUGUCUCGGUCACAACGCUGCUCCGAGAGCUUUACUCACUAUCGCACAGUUGAACAAGUCUUGUUGGCUGAUUGAAGGCUCACAAACGGAACGCCUACUCUCAUUUUGGGACGUAACAAUCACAGAAGACCAUAUACCUCAAACUAACGGAGACGACACUAUACCGAGUAAACGUCAAAGAAAAAAAUCCUUCAAUGCUCCUCAUAUACCGACCCCAACCUACAACUUUGUUCUCGAAGACGCCCCAAGGAUAAUUGACGUAGAACUUAAGACGGAGGAUAAUGUUAAUAAGUUAAAUUUAGUGGCAGCCACUAGGAGCGGCGUUGUACAUUAUUACGGACAUAUGUUAAAUGGGGCAUCAUCAAAACCUAUAAAGCCAUCAGUCACAAUCCAAGUAACGACGGAGGAUGCCCAACCGUUACCGUUGCAGUGUUGUAAACUUCCAGCGACGGGAGACUUACUUCUAGGAUAUAAUAACGGACCCACAUUACUGUUUGAAAAAAUUAUACCAGACUUGAAGACAAAAACGCAAGUUUUAAUACGAGGUGAAUUCAAACAGAAGAGUAAAGGGAAUCAGUCAAAUGAAGUCAAUAAAGUUCGCUCGGAGAAACAAAAUGACGUUACAUACAUUGAACCAAUGGGAGGAGUCAGUAGGAAACGACCCACCGUCGGAGGAAAGGUCGAGGUAUCAAUGGAGGCACGUCUAGAAAAUUUAACAGUUGACGUCAAGAGUCGCAGUAAAUCAGCAGUCAAUCAGAACAUGACCAAACUCUUAAUGCAGGGAUUGCAUUCAAAUGAUAAAGGUAUGGUGCUAUCAGUCCUACAGCGGGAUGACCCGGCCGUGGCCCGACGGACAGUGGCCUCCUUGCCUCCGGACUACGUCCCGCUGUUGCUGCAACAGCUGGCAGACCUGGCCUCUAGGAGGACAGGCCAAUGUGCCGCUGCCUGCACCUGGCUUUCCGCAGUGCUGCAGACCCACUCCGCGCUGCUGCUGGCCACCCUCGGCUCCAGCUCCUCCGACCACCUCACACAGCUGCUGGCUAUAUUCACACACAGACGAUCACAUCUAUGUCAACUGCUAAACUUGAAAGGUCGCUUAGACCUCACAAUAGCACAGCGGUCAUCCAGCGAUGACAUUGUUGAACAACAACCCGUGCUGGAGUAUAAUGAUUCAUCAUCAGAUGAAGAAAUGGAAAUAGAAAGGUACCAGUCCGGCAGCGAACAGUCCUGGGACGACGACGGGGAGAGUCCGGCCAGUCACAGCGACCAGUCAGACGAUUGACAUUAAAUGUUCUAUUUAUAUUUCAUUUUAACUUGUCUGUUAUAUAUUACAAUGUUAAGAAUAAUAGUAAAUAAGAUUAAUUUUUAA